GAAAUUGCUCAUAAAUCCCCCAAAUCUUAGAAGGCUCUUACAAAUUGAUUUCUCAAUAACAUAAGUUUGGUCAUUGAGGGCAUGAGCAAUUCUAAAGAUUUUAGAGACUGACAAGUAAUUAUUGAAGAUUGUGGGACUAAUAUCUAAAAAACCCUAUAUGCAACCAUCAGCUCCUCUUCCUCCCUCCCUCUCUCCCCCCACUCAUUCUCUCUCCCUCCCUCUCUCUCGCUCAUUCUUGCGAACGCUAGGGUUUUUCUUCAAAAGAUAUUCCCUUGAUUUUUUCACCACAUUGACUCUGUCACUUAAAUCAAGACCAUCGAUUGUGUUGAAAUCUCGAGGAAAGCCAUGGAUUCCGACAAGGGCCGGGUGCUAACUUGCAAUCUAAGCAAUGUAUACUUUGUUACAGAGGCAAGAUCUCGAUGGCUUCGCUCUAGUGAGAUUUGUGAAAUUCUUCGCAACCAUAAAAGGUUUAACUUGACUGUGGAUCCACCGCAUAAACCUCCUGGGGGUUCGUUCUUCUUAUUUAACAAGAAUGAAGUCAGAAAUUUCCGUAAAGAUGGCCAUUGUUGGAGAAAAAAGAAAGACGGAAUAACAGUUCGAGAAGCUCAUGAAAAAUUAAAGAUAGGCAAAGAACUUGUUCUUGAUUGCUACUAUGCCCAUGGCGAGGACAACAAGAAUUUCCGGAGACGAAUUUAUUGGUUACAUGAUGAGAAAUUGGAGAACAUUGUCCUUGUUCAUUACAGGGAUCUGAGUGAGGCCAGAGAACAGUGCCGUGGAACAUGGUGUUUUAGUAGAUACAGAAAGCUUGAAUCCUUGUUUCCAUUCUUAUCCUCCAAAUCAGAUGGCAAUGCAAAAUAUUGAUCUGAGUGAAGGUUUUAGAAAUAGUAGAGGAGCAUCGCAAAUACCUGGUUUGUCUGAUGGAGCUAAUAUUGACACUUCUGCUGAUCCGUCAUCCAUGUCAUCUGAAUUGCUUAGAACAAAUCAUGAAACUGGUGGCAUGCAUCCCACAGUUUCAGUUGAACUGACUAACAUUCCUCAUAGUUUAACUAAUAUUACAAUAGACUCCCUCUUGAACAUUGAUGUCAAAGACAGGUUUUUUCUUCCAGACGUGUUGCCUGAGAACAAUAUCUGAGAUUAGUGACAAUAUCUCCUCAGAGGUGAUUACUGGUUAGUGUAUCUUAUGAUGUGUGCGUAGUCAAUGUAGGCAGUUACAUUGAUAUCUCAUCCUACUGGCUGUUUAGGUAUCUUCUCUAAGUUUUUUUUUUCA